AUGGCCACCAUCGAUGGUAGAGAGAAGCUCUGUGUAAUACACGAGGAUGGUGGAGUGGAGGUGGAGUGGAGGUGGAGUGGAGGUGGAGUGGAGGUGGAGUGGAGGUGGAGUGAAGGUGGAGUGGAGGUGGAGUGGAGGUGGAGUGGAGGUGGAGUGGAGGUGGAGUGGAGGUGGAGUGGAGGUGGAGUGGAGGUGGAGUGGAGGUGGAGUGGAGGUGGAGUGGAGGUGGAGUGGAGGUGGAGUGGAGGUGGAGUGGAGGUGGAGUGGAGGUGGAGUGGAGGUGGAGUGGAGGUGGAGUGGAGGUGGAGUGGAGGUGGAGUGGAGGUGGAGUGGAGGUGGAGUGGAGGUGGAGUGGAGGUGGAGUGGAGGUGGAGUGGAGGUGGAGUGGAGGUGGAAUGGAGAUGGAGUGGAGGUGGAGGGGAGGUUGAGUGGAGGUGGAGUGGAGGUGGAGUGGAGGUGGAGUGGAGGUGGAGUGGAGGUGGAGUGGAGGUGGAGUGGAGGUGGAGUGGAGGUGGAAUGGAGAUGGAGUGGAGGUGGAGUGGAGGUUGA